GAUUAGCCACUCCUCCGUUAGCAUACGGAUGCUGGCAAUGAUAGCUAACAGUUAGCUUGUGUUUUCGCAUUUUGAAAAAAGAUGGCUGGGGACCUGCGAGGUUUUGCGCUGGAAAAAGCCGAGCUGCUCUCCAUCCGUUUGAAGGAGCUCCUGUCUUCGGGACAAGGAUAUGUUCGGGCUCAGUUCGGGGUGGAUUUGGGUCUGAAACCUGAUGUGUACCCGACGUGGGUCGUCCUGUCCACGGCCGCGGCGGGUCUGCUGAUGCUCUGUCUGUCCUGGGCCGCUGUCUGUGGCGGUGUGUUUGUCGGGAAAAAGCGGGGCUCCCCGGUCACUCAAGGCAACGGUGAGCCUGGCAAGGCCAGUUUUGCCAAAGCUGCCAAACCAGAAGAACAGAAAAAGAGGAACAAGAAGAAAACGACUGAAAAGAACACUCAAUCCAAUGGACAACCCGUGGCCGUUGCUCAGGAGGAAGUCAAAGUGACGGAAGUAGUUUCCAAACUUGCCCAGCAGAUUAAAACCGAGAAGGUGCAUGAGGGACAGGCCCCAUUGCAGGUGAAAAAGAACAAGAAAAAAAACAAGACAGAUGUGAAACCAGUCCAGCAUGUGUCUACAAAUGAUGGGAAGGAACCUGAUGAUGGUGCAUGGGAGACCAAAGUCAGUAACCGAGAGAAGAGACAGCAACGCAGGAAGGACAAGGGCCCCGAGGACUCUGGUGGCCCUGGAGGGGUGGAGACUCCCAAGAGCAACGUGGAGGCACCUGUGGCCACAGCACCUGUCAACACGAAGAAGAACAGAGGAAAUCAGGAGUCCCUGCAUUCAAGAACUACUGGAAAGGGGGAGACAGCCACUGGAGCUGUGUCCUCCAGGUGGAGAGAGGAGCCAUCCGUUAAUGGUGGAGGUUGGACCCAUAUCAACUUGCCUGUGAAGAUCCCACGUCAGAUGGGUUCCAUGGAGGGGACCAAGUGGAGUGCCAUCUCCACGGCUACACAUUACAGGCCCCCCUCUAAGCCUCAGUCUUGGGGACAGGAAACACAAGCAGCAUGGAGUGGCAUUGAUGGCCGGAUAAAGACUGACCUCAACCCCGUCACCUUCUCCAUGCUGAGGCUGAACACCACAGACCCAAUAUCAAAUACAAUGGAGCUUCAGUGGGCGAGGCGGCCUGAUGUUGACGUUGAUAACGAAUGGUCUGGAUUCAAUGGGAUGGCACCAGUAGACCCUAGCUCUGACUGGAGUGCUCCUGAAGUGCCCUGGGAAAAUUACGAGGAGCCCCCUGUGGUGGUGACACCAGCACCUCCAGUGAAGGAACAGCCUGUCCCCAACAAGGUAUUAGAGGAUGAGAAGGACACUGACGACCCCUCCGAUGGAGCAGCCAAAUCCAAAAAGAAGAGGAAAAAGAAGAAGAAAACAAAAGAGGAGGCUGCAGCUGAGGCUCAGAUGGUGAGCACAGUGCCACUGGUCAAUACAACACCUAAACCCCAAGAGCCUCCUGUGCCGGCCACCAAAAAGCAGAAUCCCAGCAUAUCAACCUCUCAGAAGAAGUCUGAGCACACUGCGGAGCCUCCGAAGCACUCCCAGAAGAAAAAGGCCCAAAGGGAAACAUGAAGUCACAUCACAGGUUCACACAAAGCAUAUGCAAAUGAUUGUAAAACGUGUCACAUGCAAUAAUUACCAGGUACAGAGUUUCUUUCUGAGAUACACAAAAAGUUUAUGAGUUACCGAAACAAAAAGAAAGCUAGCGGUGGAUAUCACCUGCUUGGCUAAAUAUAGAGAUGAAAUGUGGUCCUGUGGACUGCAGUCUUAACUAAUUUGCACUAUUUGCUACACUGCAACCAGAGCGGAGUUUCAGGGGAGGUGGACUCGCAGUGGAGGUACAUGUUCAUGUGAUUAUUUUUCAUGGCAUCAAAAGUUGUUUUUCCCCCCCCCCUCCAGGUGUUUAUAAUUGUUAACCCAAAAAUAUAAAAUGGGUGUUUAUUUUUUGUUAUAUGAAAAUUUACAUGAGAAGCAUACAUUUUUGUUCCUCAGAAUACUGCACUUUGUUUUGUUUGCCAUGCUUCCGCCUCUAUAUCAAUAAUGAAAUGUGUGGGAGCAAGCUGCAGGGCUGGAUUCCAAUCAGGAUACAGUAGUUAAACACUCACAUAACCACGUCUUCAUUCGUCCUGGCCAUGAUGUCAUACCCUCAUAGUGCAACUACAAUGUAAGAAAUUGGAGACAAAAAUACACUCAAGUUUAUCUGAAGCUAAUUUGAGGCACAGUACAAAAUUCUCUCCUUGUGUUUUCUUGCUUAGGUGUGAGGGAUACAUCCUGGCAGUCACAUAGAGGUUUGUUGCCAUGACAAAACUCUGAUAAUAAACCUACACGUGACUGCCAGGACCAAGGUUUGAUCUGGCUGUUCUCAGACUGCUGAAGCCUUGUAUUAGUUAUGGCUGAACGUUAGGUGGCACUUGUGCACAGUAAGGCCCUGAUCAGACAAAGCACGUUUUAGCAGCCAGGGGCGGCUUUUUGUGGUGGUUUUCAGUGAGGGUGAAGUGUUUUGCUCACCGCUUUUGUGUUGCUUAGCGCCUCACAAUUUUAGGCUCUAUGCACCUCGUGUUUUCGCAGGAGUGCCCUGAAUGCCUUGAGUUGAAAUAAUUUCAAUACAGAGUGGAAAAAGCGCCAAACGUCACUGGUGUUUUCGCCCCACUGCCCAAUCAGAUGAAUAGAGAGGCAGGUCCUCUGAGGUGGCGAUGACACGAUGUCAACCUAAUGUGAGCUCACUUUCAGCAUCGCCUUAGGCAAGCUGCAAAACAUAUCUGAACGAACUCUCCUCUACUACUUUUACCAACCGUAAUUAGGCCCGACGAAGGUGUGACUGCACAGCCAGUACGCACAGGAGAAGUGAUCACAGCAACCGACUGUGACUCUUUAAACAAAGUUACAUGUGAGUGCUGUUAGGACAGGUUUGCCUAUCCUUUAAUUUAAAGUAAAAUCUUAAAAAAUCGAUCCUUUGUGUUUAAACACUUAUUGCCUGUAGCCUGUGUAGUUUAUACAAGCUCCUUAAUAAAGAUUGGCAGCUGUUAUCAGGUUGUUUCACAGCAGGCCAUAGAAACUUUCCACAACCACUCCUGUAACGUAUCCCGCCUCUUCACCAUCCACACGUGUGGUAGCAUGUUCCAAACUGUUGUUGUUUUGCCAAAAUAUGGUUACAUGCACUACUAACCUGAGCUUCAGAGCUGUGCGGAGAGGCAUAGCAAGACACUCACUAUGUUUACAUGCACAUAAUAUUCUGGGUUUUGCCCUUAUUUCGAAAAAGACAAUAUUCCUACGAAGGUGUUUACAUGGCUAAUAGAAACGAAACUUUCACUAAUAGCCACUUUUUCUGGUUUUCCACCGGUAACGGACUUGCUUGACGCUGCAAACACAGCCUUCCUCUUUGAAUCCUUUAACCACCUUCUUGAAACAUUAAGCGUUUGCACAUAUCAAAAAAAACUAUUGAUAUCCAAGUCUUUCAUAGAGUUUAAAAGUAGGUGUGUUUUUCUUUCUGACCAGAAAUGUGGGCUUUUCUCUUGAGCAUGUAUCUCUACACCACAGCCUUACUAACUGUUGGUUUGUGUACAACGCAUCCAUUACAGUGCACAGAGUUGACCUUCAACAGACAAGGGGCUGUGUAAAAUCCCUGAUUGAGACGCAUAUUCAGAAUGCGAUGUAUACAUCUUUGAAGAAUGCUCCUGAAACCUGAAUAAUACCAGCAUAUCCCACGUGUCUUAGGCCCUAGUCUCUAUAUACAGACUCUACAUUCAGUGAAUGUAGAGUCUGUAGGCAAACCCCAGAGAUCUUGCCUCCGGAAGAAGAGCGGAAGAGCCCUGGUUUCCAGUUGUAGGCUGUUUGUAGUCCGCGUGAUAUUGACCAAUCACAUUUGAGCCAGCUGCAGCUGUUGCCAGGUUUAACGGUCCGUGCGGUGAACUAACGAGAUGGAACAUAAUUGGCGUCACUGCAAACUCUGAAUCCAUCGCAACUGUUCAGCAUAUUUACUUAUAUGUAAACGGAAGUCGGAAACUGAAAUUCGCCUCCUCCGCCCAAAUCAAACCGGAAUGCCAAAAAAACGGGGGUCUGCCCCCAGAGGCUGUAUCGCCGUCUGCUGGAAGUCAGACGCCGAAUACAGCCGAUGGGUUCCAAGAAUGCUUAGGCCCCAAUCACACGGGAUUUUUUUAAUUGAAUGCCACUAAUGAAUGCCAGGCAACCACGCCAUCAUCUCCUUAUCAUAACCUUUUUGUGUCAUCAAUCUACCGUGAAUUUAUUGUUAUUUAUUUCACAGUAAUUAGUAGGUUGUUACUAAAAUGUUCAAGCAGAGGGUACUUGCUGUAGCUCUGGUUGAGGGUGAGGGGCUGUCAGCAAAUAGUUUGUUCGGCACAGGGAAACAGACAUCUGUGUGGGUACAUGAGGCCCUAAAAAAGAGAUUGGGUCAUGGAGAGUACCACUACUUGGUCCAGGAGCUUCGCCUCGAUGAUGGCCGUUUCCAGGCGUAUUUAGGAUGACUCGGGGGCAGUCUGACAACCAGCAACCGCUACCAUCAGUUUCUCCUCCAUCGUAUACCAACUGUAAACUCGAUGCUGUGAAUCAUCCCAUCCCGUCACAACACAGAAACAGCAAGCGAAAAGCUUCAUUCUCAUUUAAAACAAUUACAAAAAGGUGCCUCCAGCUGCUCAGUCACUUUCUGUGUGAUCAAGGCUGUAAUUGGAAAAUGCUUUAUUCUGAAAAAAGUUUUAAUUCAGGAUGUAUUCAAACAGAAUAUGCUGUUUGUGUGACCCCUGUCACAUUCAGAAUAUUGUCGUUUUGGAAAUAAAGUCAAAAGUUUGUGUGCAUGUAAACACACCCAGUGAUGUAGUGUAUUUAGCCAGAGUUUGUUGAAACUGUAAUGACAUCUGGAACGGUACUGAUUCAUCAGUUAUGGAUCAGAUCAGAUCCUUUCUUCAAAGAUGAUGCUAAAUUUGAAAUUUGGACGUUGUAAACUGAUUCUGGAUUCACACUGAGGACUGUAGAGAACUCAUGUAGAAAGCACAGUAACUGAUAUCAACCACCAGGAGGCACUGUAAUGUGAAGUAAAGGAGUUGUGGGAUUAUCCCAGAAAGCAGUAGCACUAUUAAGUAUUGUCCAUCUACUUUUAUCAUUCUGAGUGUGUGUGUCGUUAACUGAUUAGACUGUGCGUUUAUUUCCUAGAGACUUAAUGGUCCCUUCUGCACUCAUAUCCUUUUUUUUUUUUUUUUUUUAAAUUCUUCUAGUUUUUGUACUAGAAAAAGCCAUGCCAUAUGUACAGAUUGUAAGGGCUUUUUCCAGUUCUGUGAUUGCACUGUGCAAAAGGCUGUAUUGAGUUCCUUUUGAUGUCGACGAAUUGUUUUUUACUACCUUUUUGCAGAAUGUGAAAUGUGUUGGUUUUUAUUUUUGUUUUGUUUUGUCGAACCUGACGUCCAGGUUUUAUGAUGAGGAUUUUUUUUCCUUUGACAUAAAUUGAGAAUUAAGACAUACAGAGGUAUAACAUGGAUCAGCUUUAAGUCCACAUCAAAGUUGGUUUUAAACAAUACACACACACACACACACACACACAUACAUAUAAAAGGAAUUGAAUUCCACUGCCUUAACCUGUAGUUGGAGAGAAAGUGCAUUGGCAUCCUUUUUUAUAGUUUCCGACCUCUUGCAAGUUUUGAGGUCAGAACUUAAUUUCAUCUUGCAUGACUCUGAUAAUAGUACUUGUGUACAUGAAAUGAAAUGAAUGAUCUCUCGCUUUAACUGUUAGUACUUUGUUCAGGAGUACCACUCAGUGUAUAUACUGUAAUAGCUUUUUUAAUGAGACAAAUUGCAGCUUUUCUGUGGGCAUCCAGUUUAGCGGACAUUAACAGGACUCUGCUGAUGGUAGUCAAAGAGCCUGUGUGCAUCAAGGUGUUGAUCAGCUGGUGGUGAUGCAUAGAUUUUAGUAGAUCUGAUAGAACAAAUCGAUACCAUGUCGCUGUGUUUUCAGACGCCCUUCUUUUUUGUUUAAUUUCUACUGAUGAUUAAAAUGGAUCCAAUCUAUGUAUUUAUAUACUUGUCUCUAGGACAUGGUUAUGUGAAUGAUUUUGUUUAUUGAGGAGAUACAAAUGAUAUUUCUAUGUUUGUUUGGUAAAAAUAAAUGAGAAUUGCUUGAUAUCA